AAUUAAUUAAGAGAUUUUUGAAUUAAUUGGUCAAGAAAUGUACAGGAAGAGAGAUAGAUAGAGAAGAUAAAUGGGGAUUUGUUGGGGUUCUCCUGUUGAUAAUCAUACCCCUAAUACCACUGGACAUCUCAGUUCAGUGGUAUCCCAGACAACCAAUCAGACAACAUCAUCAACUAUCAGCAACAUCUCCAAGAACAGUCAAUUCUCUGCAGCAAGUGGAGAUGAAGUUUUUCCACAUGGACAGAUUUUGCCAUCUUCAAACUUGAGGGAGUAUAGCUUGGCCGAGCUCAAAGCUGCAACCAAAAACUUCAGAGCUGAAGCAAUGCUUGGUGAAGGAGGUUUUGGCAAGGUUUACAAAGGUUGGCUUGAGGAGAAGGGCCUUGGAAGGAAGGGAUAUUCGAUGGUUAUUGCAGUUAAAAAGUUAAAAUCUGACAGCUUGCAAGGAAUUGAGGAGUGGCAGUCAGAAGUGGGCUUCUUGGGAAGACUUUCUCACCCAAAUCUAGUGAAGCUGUUGGGUUACUGUUGGGAGGAUCAUGAAUUACUCCUUACUUAUGAGUUCAUGCAAAAAGGAAGCUUGGAGAAUCAUCUAUUUGGAAGAGGAUCAGCAGUUACACCACUCGAAUGGGAUACUCGGCUUAAGAUCGCCAUAGGCGCUGCCCGAGGGCUGGCAUUCUUGCACACAUCAGACAAGCAAGUAAUUUAUAGAGAUUUCAAGGCUUCUAAUAUUCUGCUUGAUGGGUCAUAUACAGCAAAGUUAUCGGAUUUUGGCUUGGCGAAAUUGGGUCCUUCAGAAAGUAAAUCUCAUUUGACAACUCGAGUUAUGGGCACACAUGGUUAUGCUGCCCCAGAAUAUGUUACCACAGGACAUCUGUAUGUUAAGAGUGAUGUAUAUGGUUUUGGAGUUGUAUUGAUUGAGAUGUUGACCGGUUUACGUGCGCUUGAUGAAAAUCGUCCAACCGGGCAAGAAAACCUCGUGGAUUGGAUAAAACCAUACUUAUCAGAGAGGAGGAAGCUGAAAAAUGUGAUGGACUUUCGGUUGGAAGGAAAAUAUCCAUCAAGAUCUGCAUACCAAGUGGCUCAGCUAGCUCUCCAAUGUAUUGAGCAAGAACAGAAAAAUCGACCAUCAAUGAAAGAGGUCGUGGAGACAUUGGAACAGAUUGAAACUGCAAACGAGAAACCAAUCGAGCCUAGAAACCGUGCUUCCCGUCUGGCAUCAAAUCGCAAUGCUCAUCAGCCUCUUCACCAUAAUUCUCCACUUCACAUGAAGCAAUAUGGAAUCCAUGCUAAUCAAACACCACCCAGGUUGAGAUAGAUUUUUCAGUGGUAACUGAUUCUCUUAUCCCACUCUCAUUUCUUCAUUCAUAUGUUUCUUUCUUAUAGAUGUUAGUUUGGAGUUUGUUUUCUCAAUUAUAAGAUUGUAAUUAAGUAUUUCUUAGGUUGUGGAUGUUGGGAAUUAGGACAGGUUCUGGUUAUUGAACUACACUGGAUUGCGAGUUUGUUUGUUCUUUGAAGUCCAGCUGUUCCUAUUUUCUUUUGUUAGUAAAAACUUAAAUUGUUAUCUGCAAAAGAAAGGAAGAGCAAAAAUGAUGAAGCCA